GACUCUAUCCCGUUCCCUUCCGUCCCUCGUCACGCUCACGAAGCACGCUGUCGUCUUGCGGCUCUCGCCCGUCGCCCCCCGAGCCCCGAAACCAAAGCCGAGCCGAGAGCCCGAGCCCCGCCCCGACCUCAUCUUCUCCUCGUCGGUUUCACCCCUCCACCACCUCCAUGGGGUCGUCGGAGGCCGACGAGGACCAGCUCCUCAAGAGCUUCCUCGCGGAGGUCAGCGAGGCCGAGCGGGACAACGAAGUGCUGAGGAUACUUGGUUGCUUCAAGUUAAACCCCUUCGAGCAUCUUAAGUUGUCUUUUGAUUCAUCACCAGAUGAGGUGAAAAAGCAAUAUAGGAAGUUGUCAUUGCUGGUCCAUCCUGAUAAAUGCAAGCAUCCUCAGGCACAAGAAGCUUUUGCAGCUCUGGCGAAAGCACAACAGCUCCUGCUUGAUCCACAGGAAAGAGGCUACAUUCUUGACCAAGUUACUGCUGCAAAAGAAGAAUUGAGGGCAAAACGGAAAAAGGAGCUGAAGAAAGACAGUGCGUCCAAGAUAAAAUCUCUUGUAGAUGAGGGAAAAUAUGAAGAGCAGUUUGAACGAUCGGAUGGAUUUCAGCAGCAAUUAAUAAUUAAAGUACGUGAAAUUUUGACCGACAAAGAAUGGCGUAGGAGAAAAAUGCAAAUGAGGAUAUCAGAGGAAGAAGGAAGACUUAAGAAGGAUGAGGAGGAAACAAAAGAGAUGUGGAAGAGGAAGAGAGAGCAUGAAGAGAAGUGGGAGGAGACCAGAGACAAGCGGGUCUCCAGCUGGAGGGAUUUCAUGAAGACAGGAAAGAAGGGACGGAAAGGUGAAAUCAAGCCCCCAAAACUGAAGACUGAAGAUCCGAACAAAUCUUAUGUGCAAAGGCCAGUAAAGCGAAACUGAGUGGAAUGUCAGCAAUCAAAGAACAUCCGGUAGCGGCCUUUCAUCUCACCAGAUUAGAGCUGCAACCCUUCAAUGUUGUACUUGUCCUGAAUGUGGUAAGGUUCAAUUACGCCCGCUGGGAAACAGAACGGAACAGAGCAGAUUUUACCCGUAUUGCUAGCUAGAGUGAUUUGGUUUGAUGUACUCAUCAUCCGUCUGAAGAUUUUACUGGGAAAAAAAGUACAAACUUUUCCGUUGGAAAAGAACCUAAUGAAGUGAAUGUU